AUGUCAUGUGAGUGUCAUUCAUCAUUCAAUGGUGAAAUUGAACAAUUAAUAUGUAAUAAUUAUAAGAAUUCAAUUUUUACAAAUAUUCAAUUAACAAAUGAAGCAAAAGAAAAUAGUCGCACAUUUGAUUCAUUUCAUUUAAUAUUCUAUGAUCAUGAAUUUAAUGUAAGCUCAAUGUUUCUUAAUGAUUUAUCGAAAUUAUUUUCUCGAAUAACAUCAUCAAACCGAGGAGACAGAAAAUUAGCAAUUAAAGUUAUUUUAUCGUUUCCUAAUUUUCUUCAAUUACAUUUUGAUGAACAUUCAUUUUAUCAAUUAUUUGGUCAAAAUUCUGAUUAUCGAACAAUUUUUACAUUAGAAUUAACAUCGAAUGGGAAAAUAACAUUUUCACCAAUGGCAUUAAGUCAAUUAACAGUUGAUCAAAUGUUUGUACAUGCUUCCUCAUUUGAACCCUAUUCAUUUGAAGAAAUAUUUAAUAAUACAAACAUUGGUGAACUAACAAUUGAAGGCUCAACACCACGAAGUAAUGAAACAUAUAGACAAAAUUUUAAUGGGAAAAUUCGUUCAGCUAAAUUUACUAAAAUGGUCGAAACAGUUGCAAGUGAAGAAUUUCCUCCUUAUCCAGUACGUUCAAUGGUUAUUGAAGCACAUGAGGCAAGAAAAAUGAAUGCUUCAACAUUUGUAAAUUAUAGAAAUUUACAUGGACUUCAUUUAAUUCGACCAAAAUUUUUCUUUGAUAAUCGUACAUUUGAUGGUUUUCAAUAUUUAAUCAGUCUGGAAAUAGUUGAACUUGAUGCUGAAACAAUUAAAGAUAAUACAUUUCAACAUGUAUCACGCAUUCGAUAUUUGACUCUCGGCCAAAACACUCGUUAUCUAUCUGAACAUUCAUUAGAUCAUUUAGAUUAUUUAGUACAUUUCGAUGUAUCAAAACUUAUUCUUGAUCAAUUAUAUCCAUCAUCGAGAUGUGUAUUAGCACACUUUAUACAAAAACAAAAGAAAUUAAAUCCAUCGAUUGCUAUUUCACCGCCGCAAGCCGAAUAUUGUGAUUGUAUUUAUGAUUUUAUUUUAGCGCUAUUAAAUAAACAAGCUCAACAAUCCUAUACAGAUUCAUGUUCAGAGAAUCAGCAAGAACGUUGUCAAUUAAGUCAAUGUAAUGUGGUCAGAAAUUUUCGUUUUCCAGUAAAAAAAGAUUCAAAUACUGAUGAAAGUAUAUUAUCUUUGGAUGAAAAUAUGCUUAGUACAACAGUACCAUUAGAUCCUAUGGAUGAUAUAGCCAUGGCAGCACCUCAUCAAUCACCAACUUAUGUUCACAAGCAUCCACCUGUUCACUAUCAAUCAAAAACAAACCCUAAACAUGAACAUAUUGAAUCAUCCAAUACAGAUACAGAAAUUUCACAUGUAUCAGCACUUAAAGUAAAUAAACCGAUGGAUCCAAAUGAAAUAGCAUAUGAUUAUGACGAAAAUAUCGAUUUAACAUCAACAAUAGUUGGCUCUCAUACAACAGCUAAUAUCAACGAUGAACAACGUCGAAUAGCACUGAAAAAUGAAACAUUAAAAUGGAUAUCAUUAUCAUUAGUAUGCAUUACAAUAUUAUGUAUUCUUCUUGUUGUUACAUUAAUUUGGUUCUUUACUUGUCGUCCAUCCCAACGAAAUUAUAAAGGAGGAUUUCAACCAAUUCAAGCAGAUGCUACACAUGUUUAG